ACAGGAAAACGUCUCACUUGAUGUUUCCUCUCGCUGGCAGGCUCCAGGAAGUGAAAGUGUUAGCUCUUACUCUUGUAGGUAGGAGAAACGAAAGUGCCUGCUUCUUAACAAUUAUUGUUUUCACAUACAAACAAGACAACCUCACUAUCACCUGUGAAAAGCCACCUGAAAGAGGACUAAUGUACAGCAACCACAAUAUUAGUUUAGACCCGAUGCCUUCCAUUCCUGCUCUGAGAAAGGGUGACAAGUACCAUGUCUUUAUCAGCUACAGCACUGGGGAUUCUAUCUGGGUGUCUGGACUUAUUCAUAAACUGGAGGAUUCAUUUCCUGACCUGAAGAUCUGUUUUCACGAAAGGGACUUUGUCCCAGGGAAAACCAUUAUAGAUAAUAUGAUUGAGUGCAUCCAGAGCAGCCAAAAGACUGUGAUGGUGCUGAGUCCAGUGUUUGUACGCAGCCGCUGGUGUUUGUUUGAAGCCAACCUGUCUAUGUUCCAGGACUGCAUGCUGCAAAAAGCCAUUGUUCCUAUUAUGCUGAAGCCAUGUGCAAUACCUCUUUACCUCAGCCAUUUAACUUACCUAGAAGCUGAUGAUGAACAAUUCUUUGAUAAACUUACCCAAGUUCUUCUGUGCAAUAACAGCCAGCUGGCUCAUUCUACUUUAAUGCAUUAUCAGCCAUCAUUCUUGUACACUGGGAAGAGCCUACUUACCUUGCCAGCUCUCAAUGAGAAAGGGAAAAGUUGGCAACCUGGGGUCUUUGCUUCUGAUUCUGUCCCUGAUUCACUUAGGGCAGUUUUCGAUGACGCCACAAUUUAUAAGGAAGCUAUUGAUAUUAUUAAUGAUAUUUCUCCUCCAAAUUUUUUUUUACAAUCUGAAGUCUGCCGAUUAGUGUUGCUUCUUUUAUUACUUUGUCCAAUAUCUUUUCUUAUAGGCAGUUAUGUGAUCCCUUAUCUAAUCAUGUCAGACAAUAUUGAUCCCUUUGAUCUAUUACCAUUUGUGCCUAUUGCAAUGGCUGUUGUGUUGCUGAUGCCAAUUUUGUGUUUAAAAGUUUGUCUCUGGAAAGUCACAGAGACUACGCUAGUGACCAGAAAAAUGGAGAUGAAGACUAGCCAGGCAAACCUUAUCUUAUAUAAAAAUUCUGUUCUUGCAGGUUGCUCAUCCAGAGAGCAGUUGCACUUUGUCUAUGUAUCUUUGUCUCAGUGCAUGGAGACAUUUUACACUACAUUUGAUCAUGGUAGUACAUUGGCCACAAACAUGUGGGAGAAGGCCAUUGUCACUUAUUCCUCUGAAUAUGCUUGUUGCCUGGCCAGGAAACAUUUCCCCUUCAGCUACAAAGAUUCUCCUGGACACAUAGAAGAUGGGAUCUGCUUCUGCCAGUAUGUAUCUACCCAGCUAUGUAUGGAAACAUGAUUUAAAUGUGGGAAUUCCAAUGUCUAUCAUUUCUAUUUCUAUUUCCAACAAUAAAGACAUGGAAAAAUUACCACUUUCUAAAAUUGCCAA